AUGUCUCGCUUCCUCGCCCGGUCGGGCGAUCGCUGCCUCCCCUUCUUCAGGGCGCUCAAAAACCCGAAAAACUUCCAGUGGAUGACGAAGUGCGAGGAAGCUUUCAAACAAAUGAAGCAGCGCCCGGCCAACCUCCCCCGACUCGCCUCUAUUUCUCCUGGGGAAAAGCUGGGCCUCUAUCUAGCGGCCUCCCCCCAUGCAGUCAGUUCCAUCCUGAUCAAAGAGAGCUCUGGCGAACAACUUCCGAUCUACUACGUCAGCCACACCCUGAGCGGACCCGAGGGGCGACAACUCCUCAAAUGGGCAGUGGAGCUCGACGAGCAUGAUAUAAGAUACGUGCCCAGGACCGCCGUCAAGGCCCAGGCGGUGGCCGACUUCAUCGCGGAGCUAACUCAGGUGACAGACGGGGAUCUCGAGCAACCUCCCGAGGCUUGGAUCCUACACGUGGAUGGCUCGUCCAGCUCAAAGGGCGCCGGCGCGGGACUGGUUCUGCUUGCCCCCGACGGCCGCUCGUUCGAGCGCUCCCUCCGCUUCGGGUUUAAGCUUGUGGCCGAGCAGCUCAGCGUUGGAUACGAGGCUCGGGACCCAACCAUGGCGAAAUACCUAGCGCAGGUCAGGGACCUGACUGCUAAGUUUCCUUAUUUCAUGUUAUCCAAUGUUCCGAGGGAGGAGAACGAGCGGGCUGACGCGCUAGCUAAGCUGGCGUCGAAGCUGACCUGCGAAGCACGGUUGGAGGUCGAGGAGCUUCCUGCCCGCGCCAUCGAAGUAGCGACUACAGCCCCCGGCAGUGCGCCGAUCACAUGGGUGCAGGAGCUGCUGCGCUUCAAGCGCGGUCCUUCACCUACCCCCUCUUACGAUGCUUGGAGCCAGACGAUCCUGGCCGAAAUCCACGAGGGAGUCUGCGGAGAACACAGCGGUGGGCAAACCUUGGCACACAAAAUACUUCGCCAAGGGUACUACUGGCCGACCAUGUGCCGGGACGCGAAAGCUUACGUGCAGCGCUGCGGUCCGUACCAAGAACACGCCCGCGCACCCCGACAGCCCGCGGUCCCGCUCAGCCCCAUCGCGUGCGCGUGGCCGUUCGCACAGUGGGGAUUGGACCUGCUCGGACCUUUCCCACCGGCUUCGGGGCAGCGAAAGUACAUCAUCGUGGGAGUGGAUUAUUUCACGAAGUGGGUCGAGGCCGAGCCGUUGGCGACAAUCACGGAGCAACAAAUGGAGAAGUUCGUGUGGAGAAACCUGGUGACUCGGUUCGGGUUGCCCAAAACCAUCAUUACGGAUAAUGGACCUCAGUUCGCCGGUAGGAGGUUCCGGGAGUUCUGUGCCAAUCAUGGCAUCUAG